AUGGCCAUUCUCAGUCGGCAUCGCGACGCUCCUUUAUCUGCGCACGCCGAGGUCGCAACUCAAGCUAGGUGGCUAGAGAUUUAUCUGGAUGGCUUGCACGGUAACCGACGCACUCUCGCGAGUCACGUAUUCUCUGUCUCUGUCGCCGUCUAUCUAGCUGGCAGCUCGUUCGUUCGAGUUGCAACCUUUCUCAUCUGUCAUCCGUCUCUGUCCACAUCGCCCAUCCUGUCUUCUUCUGCUCCUACUGUCCGUCAGACUCGCUCUCAGACAACCGCUCUGGGUAUCUCCCUCGAUCUUAGAGAAGGAGUGCUCUCAGAGUCUCAGACAACUUCCAACGACGUUCAGCCUGUCGAAAACGCACCAUCGCCCCUUACCGACCUCUCGGACGAUAACGAGUCCGAUUCAGACUCGUCUUGUUGCCUCCGAGAAUAUCGACGCGACUACGAUCCGAUGUCCGGCGCCAUUGUCAGACAGGAUUCGCCCAAGGAUCUCCCUGUGUUGACCAAAGGCGAUGUUACGCCCAAGGUCGCGCAGGAGUUCGAGGACGCUUUCCGAGGAUACGUCGAGAUCAAAGACGUCGACGAGAAGAAAGCCUCCAAACAGCUCCUACGUACUUUUCGUGAUUCUGCGAUUAAGGACUGGAUCGCUACUCAGCGAGCCACUCUCUCUGCUUUGCCCUUAGACGACCUCUUCAACAAAAUCUGGGCUCAUUGUCUCCCCUUUGGCUGGGAGGCGAAGCUUGCAGACGAGAUCCAGAGCGAGAACCAAGGUACUCGCAAAUUUACGAAGUACGCUAAUCAUACCAUCAGAAGGAACACUCUCCUCAGUAAGCGUCCCGGUCACCUCGACGACGAUAACCUGCGCACUUGUCUACAAGCACAUAUGAACUCUGACCUCAAGAACGCGAUCUACGUUCACCAACUUCCCCGCACGCUUUCCUUAACCGAUUGGGUCGCCAGCGUCCACCUCAUCGAGACGCAACUGGAGGGCAUCAUGAAUAGUCUCGCUGCAAAUUAUAAGAGGACUUCUACGGCGCGUAACGUGCCUUCCUCAUCUUCAUCUCAUUCCCACUCUCACUCGCAUACUUCCUCAGCCCCUCGCGAUCCCGACGCUCCCAAGCUUUCCAAGCUCGGAGACGAGGAACGCAGGCUGCUCAACAAGUACGAAGGGUGCCUGCAGUGCAGACGUUUCUUCGCGGGACAUUGGUCUCGCGAAUGUAACAAUGGUUUCCCCAACCCCGCCACUUACAAAACGCUCACCGAAGCCGCCACUAUCCGAGCUAUUCCUGAUGAUAAACGCGACAAGUACAAAGCCGACAUUGAACGCUUUUCCAAGCAACGAAAGUCCGCCACCGUCGCGGCUAUCCUCCCCGAAUCUUCGUCGGUUUUCGAAGAAGCUGCCGAUUCUUCUGAUGAGUGCGUCGCACCUCUUUCAUCGCCUCAUUUUUUCUGGCCAUGUUACCUUGAUGGCCCACUCGUCCCAUCCCAUCUUCGAGUUGAUGCACUCAUUGACCACGGGUCGCAUCUAGUUCUGAUUAAGUCGGACUUGGUUUCGCAACUGGGACUACGACUCAGACGACUACCUAAACCUAUAGACGCUUCCAAUGUCCUUUCUGGGUCUCUUUCUUCACUCUCCCAUUAUGUUUUUCUUUCACCUUCUUCAUUGAACUUGCAUUGGACUUCGAAAAAGCUUCGCGCUAUUGUUGUCGACGACUUAGCCAUUCCCCUUCUUUUGGGCGGCCCCUUCCUCUCACAUAAUCGUCUCAUUAUAGACCACGAACUCCGUACUUGCAUCGCCAAAGACUCCACCUACGAUAUCCUCUCGCCCCCUUCUCUUAAUCAUGGUACUGUUCCAAAAUGCACACCUCCUGUUCCUGUUGACUAUAGCCCUAUCAAAUCGAGUGUUGUAUCGCAACUGAAGUCAGAAACUGCGAAGAUCCGUUCUCGACUCGAGGAACAUGUUGUCACCGACGUUAAUCCUCACAUUAGCUGCCGCUAA